AGAAGGGAAGGACACAAAGACGGGCCAGGCGCCCAAGACGACGACGGCCAAGCUGAAGGAGCGAUGGCUGCUCACCAGGAAGACGUGGCGCUACAUGAGCGACGCGGGCAAGAAGCUCUUCCCCGAGGGCGUCAACCCGCAGAAGGCCGAGGACAUCCCCAAGGUGGAGGAGCACUUCCAGAAGAUCAACAGCCGCAGCCGCGACUUCAUCCUGGUGCCGAAGCCGCCGGAGACGCCACGCUCCGGCCGCAGGCGGAGGAAGCGGCUCACGAGCACCGCCUCCGACACCACGGACACGGCCGACGACUACCUGGACACGGACGAUGAGGGCGCGCACGACGCCCCUCGCAGCGCGCCCGUCCACGGCCUUGCUCACGCGCCCUUCAUGGGGCCCGUUCUUGCCAUGGGCGGGACCCCUUUCAUGGGCGCCAUGGGCACUGCAGGCGCUUCAGGCGCCAUGGGCACUGCACUCCCCAUGGGCGGUCACGUGGGCGUCACAGGGAGCAUGAAGGGCGCAGGACCAAGCGGCCAAUCCAGCGCAGGAGUCAGUCCUACGCUUCCGGCCACUCGCCCAUGUACCAGGCUACUCAUGGCGGGGGACUGCCCACUAGUGGCUACCCAGGGCUGCCCAUCACCGCUGGCUUGUCCAGAGAACGACUGCUGUCUGUGGGAGAGCUCCGGUAUGAGCUGCCCCCGGAGGUGUACCACCACCUUCUGCGGAGCAACCUCCUGCAGUGGAGCCAGCAGGACCUCACCGAGGAGGACGAAGACGAGUACGACUCCUGCGAGCAGCUGGAGAUCGACGGAAGCCGCAUGAGGAGCGUCGGGGCGCAGACGGACCCGCACCUUGACAUGAGCGUCCAGACCGACGACGAUGCGACGGCCGAGGACAUGGUCAAGGUGGGAGCGGAGUCUCGCAGCGUCACGGAGGCCAACGCCGCGGCCGGAGCCCUCAGGUUCCCGAGACGCCGCCAGCCUCAGAAUCGAGUGGCAGCGGGACGUCCAUGCUGAAGAAGCUGUGGCAAAGGCGAGAGAGCGCGGCUGGAAGCGUCAUCCGAGGGGAGGCGCUGCAGCAGGAGGGGGGAGCGAAGAAACAAGCCUCCGAGAAGGACAAGGACGCACCGAAAGGCGUCGUGGCUGCCAAGCGCAUGUGGGCGGAAAAGGCCGCCGCUUCAGGGGGCACUCCAAUAACGCCUCCAGGAACCAAGCCCAAGCAAGAAAAAGCUCAAGAAAAAAGCAAACUCAAGUCUGUGUUCAAGUUAGGAUUGAAAUGCGAUGUCGAUCAGCAAGGAGGCUCUUCGAAAAAGUCCGUCGAGAAGACGAAAGUAGAUAAAUUUAAAACCGUAAAUUACGAUAAGACGUUGCGGAAUAUUAAGUCGAAGUGGGUGCCGAAUCCAGAGGACGAGGAACUUCUCAGACAAUACCGGCAUACAGGUGGGUGACCCGCUGCCGCAGUUCAUCCUGGCGGGGUUCCGCAUCAGCUCGCCCGUCGAGAUCAUCCACCAGCGGCGGCGGUCCAGACGCCGCAUUUCGAAGGCGGAUUCCAGCGACUUCUCUGGCAGCGAGUGCUCGAUGCCGACGUCACCGCGCUACUCUGUCACGGUCACGGAUGACCAAGGCUCCCGCGACCUGCUGGUGUCGGAGGCGGAGGCCUUCCGGCUGUGUCAGAUGGGCGUCCACAUCACCUUCAAGCGGUCCAGCAUUGAUGCCUCGGUGGACACUAGUGAGUUCGAGGCCGAGGGCGCCGCGGGGGGCAUUCCGCCGUUCCAGCGCUCCAUCUCGGCCCUUCAGGCGUCCGGACACUUGUCCCAGAUGAUGUACAAUAUCCGAGGUCGUCCGUCGCAUCCACAGGUCAACCCGUGCGCAGGUGCGGCCCCCGGUCAGGGCGGCCACCGAGGCAGCCAAGGACUACUGCAGUCUUUUCUCCCCGCAGUGAUGCAGAGGUCGAGGGCGAGCGGGAGCGGGCACACCUCCAGACUCGUGGCCAAGAAGAUCUGGCGAGCUCGAUCCAAGAGCCAGUCCCGCGCCUCCGCAGGGACCACCUCAAUCUGGACCCCCAUGGGCGGAAACACGUGGAGUUCGGUCACGGGUCGAGUGGUAAGCCUGGAGAACACGUCCCUCCUGCAGUUCACGGAGAUCGAGAGACUGACGCUCCAGCAGCUGGCCAUCGCCAAGCUCCAGGCUCUCAACCUCGGCUGCCAGAUCCGCGUUCCGAGAGAGUGUGCUGACGACAGGCUGAGAGGCAACGAGAUCGUACCGGACUCCAGCAAGUUGGAGCAAGCGAAUGCCAGUGCCCAGAAGAAGAGGCGACCGUACCUGCUCAAGAGGAAAGCUCUCACCACCGGCUUCUUCGAUUCCAAGAAGGAGGAGGCUAAGGAAAUCCGCAACCGCAAGCUACAGUUUGAGGCUUUGCAGCACCUAAUUCAGCUUCUUCCAGUACCCAACCGAGACACCCUUUACUCGCUUCUCAAUUUCUUGGCUACUGUUGCUGAGAACUCAGUUGACCAUCACACAAACACGGGUGAGACUUUACAAGGGAACAAGAUGGACAGCAGUAACUUAGCUACACUCUUCGCCCCUAAUAUCCUACAUAUGGUGAAGCCAGGAACAGAAACCAUGUCAACAUCAGACAUGGCGACCCAUGCAGAGGAGCGGAUAGACGUUAUAAAUGUAAUCAGAAGUAUGAUUGACCACAACAAAGAGCUGUUCCAGGUUUCAUCAGAGCUCCUCGAUGAGACCUACCAGCACCUGAUGGACACUCAUCCAGAGGCCUUGGACCUUCUGCUGCGCCGCCGCUGCACAGGACCAGAUGAGUUGGAUCUUGAUGUGGACACCAGCAGCAGUGUGUUCGAAGGCAGCGAGUGCUCCUCUUCCCUGCCCCGCUCCCCCACCGACCUGACACACCACCACGACUUUGAUCGGUUACGCAUGAGCCUAGAGGAGGGGGAGGGGAUGCGUAUGCUACGAAGGGAGGAGGUCGUCCAUGAAGGUGCAGCUGUAGCUCCCAUGCAACAGUCAGGCAGAAGAAGAUAUCCAGAUGAGGAAGAAGAUGGCCGUGGGCGACGACGAGACAAAGGAGCAGAUGUCCCAGUUUCAUCAGCAAGUGAAGAGCGAGGGUGGUUUAGGAAACGCGAAAAGAGUUCUUCCCGAGAACUAGACAGAACGAGCGAAGAGAGGCAGCCUGAAAAAUCUCGAUGGUUCAGGAAGAGAGACAAGAGUUCAUCUCGGGGCUCUGAGGACAGGAAUUUCCGCCGGGAGGAUUCAGACCGCAGGCGGGACAAAGGAAAAAGUAAGGAUGAGGCGUCAGUGACAGGAAGUGAUAGGAGAAAAGGCACAGAUGCCAGUGGAAAGAGUAGAUCAGCAUCCAAAGAAAAGGUAGAAAGCCUGGGUCUAAGAAAUCAGGAAGAGGAGGAUAGAGGAGAGCAUCGGAAACGCAGUUCUAGUGAUCAGUCCGUUAAUCAGGAAAGACUACAAGUGCCAGAACCUACUGUGCGGAGAUUAUCAUCCCCAGAAAUUGAUAAUUCUGGAGUAAUAACUGCAUCAUUACGUAUUCCUGUGCCAUUAGCCCAAGGAGGAGGACCCUUGGCAUUUGCACAAGAUAAAGAAAUUCCUUUUAUUGAAGACUCUAGUACUAGUGAUGAUAAAAAAAAUCGGCAACGUUCAUCACCACAUAAAGGAGGCGGGUCUCCAAGAAAUGAUAUUGCCAGGCAACGUUCAGGUAGUAGUGACUCUUACCUUGGUCAGCCCAUUACUGGCACCAUGAGCUUUCAACCGCUGACUAAGAAAGGUGGUGAUAAACAGAGUCAUGACUCUGUCCUGUCUUCAUCUUCGGCAGAUGUUUAUACACUGUCUCCCUCGCCUCGUAACACACCCUUGUCUGAUGUGUAUGCUUCAGGCACAUCAUCGCCUCUGAGUGGCGCUGGUUCACCUCCUCUUUGGCUUAGUCCUGACUCUGGAACACCAGGACUAUCACCACCAAAUUCACCCCCACCUCAGCCACGCCGUAGGGGUGAGUUAAGCAACAAUCCAAUAGCACAUUCGGUAACUCACACCUUUGGCACCAAACCUCCAGCAACACCAUCAAAAAGUAAAAGUUCCUCAUCCGUUGCUUCCCACGGACUUUUUCCAAUAGGCCGCUCCAAAACUGCAGAUAACAUUAAAACAGUAACUCAUCAUACAGAAGGAAGUGGCACUACGCCUGAAAAUCGUGAUGAAAUCGCACGGGAAACACGGGGACACAGGGACUAUGGUGGGGGUCGUCGCUAUACCCGCCGCCGCUACACUGGGGAAAGACACCCAACCGGACACCUUCCAGAUAUGAGUGCAUCAAAUGUUAGUGAAGGACAGACACAACUGUGGAAGCGAUGGGAGAUUAUUGCGUCAGAUCCAACAGAGCCUGAGACAUUUGUCUAGCUGAGGAGCCUCCCCACGGGUGAGGAGGCUUUAUAUAAACGCAUAUUCUGGCCUAAAUGAUCACUUAGAAAUAUCUUUCACACUCAUAUCUUUGCUCAAAUUUUCUUUCAACAAUGAUUUGUGUAAUAUGUGUAAAAAAGUCAAAGUAUUGUUUUACAGUUUGUAAUGAGCUACUAAAUCUUCCUGAUAAUCCAUAAAGGUGGAUUGAAAUUUACAAUUCAAUUAAUCCAUGUGGCAGCAUUAUCAAAGGUUUUGCACAGACAAUUAAAACUGAUCACAACAGAGAAUUUGGGUGGAAAAAAAAUCAUUAUGAAAUGUAGAUUUUUGAGUUCAGAAAUGUUAUUCAUAAACAAAUGAAGGAAAAAUUAAAUUGCCAGGUAUUUCUGGAUUAUCAGGGUAACACAACUUGCAAAGAAAUUUUCAAUUUGUGUAAUAAAAGUGGACAAGUUAAUUUGACUAAAAGUGAGUGUUAGAUGUACUAAGGCCACAGGUUCAGUGCUGAAAGUAAAAAGAAAUAACAGUAUAUAUGAUAUUCCUGAAUUCAUCAGAAAAAGAAAUAGUGGUUGUUAAAGAACUUUCAUGACAGCUACUUUUAGAACUUUGAAAGAUCAGCUUCAGUGUAUUUUGUACAGAAAUGUGUAAAUGGUGGAUAACGCUGUGUGAAAACUGUGUUUAAUCGCACUUAAUAUGUCAGCUGUGAUGUUUGUUGAGGAAGUUGCAGUCUGUAAGUCACUCUUUUGUGAAGAACCCUUUUAUAUAAAGUCAAUGUACAAUACAAAGAACUGAUAUAUUUCUGGUCUA